AUGGAUCCCCCGCCCCAUCCUUCUCAAGUAGGCGAUGCCUCCGGCUCGGAGGCUAGCCCGGCCAAUGCGCGCGCAAGCAGCGUCUCGGCGCAAUCUCAAGACUCGCAGACCGCUGCCGACUUCAUACGUGAUCAAAUGCAACUUGAAGCCGAUGCCAGGGAAGCGAUGCCAUACGCCUUUGAUUCGUGUACGAAUAUGCUGGGGCCUCUCAAGCAGAGCGUCUUUUCGUGUCUUACCUGCAAUCCGGCCCCAGAGGACGUAAACGCUCCCUACGAAGCCGCGGGUGUCUGCUACGCUUGCUCUAUCCAAUGCCAUGGAGACCACAACCUCGUCGAAAUAUUUGCCAAACGGAACUUCACAUGCGAUUGCGGCACAACUCGUCUCCCUGCCACGAGCCCUUGCGUACUCCGACCCAAUCCAGAGACGGGCAAGAAGGGUACCGUGCACUCGGAAGAGCCGUUCGCCAACUCUGCCCCGAAUGUCUACAACCAGAACUUCCGCAACCGCUUCUGUGGCUGCUCCUGCGAUUACGACCCAUUCCAACAGAAGGGAACAAUGUUCCAAUGCCUUGGUCUUGGGACGCAUCUGACUGGCGGCUGUGGUGAAGAUUGGUACCAUCCCGGAUGCCUUAUGGGACUUGGCCCGCAAUGGUUCGACGAUGCAAAGGGAAAGAAGGAGGAGAAAGAAGAGGGCGAUGACCCCGAAGAUCCGCCUAUGCCUCCUGGCUUUCCUAAUGAGGAAGCCUUUGAGGGAUUCUUCUGCUACAAAUGCGUGGAGUCGAACCCUUGGAUCAAACGAUAUGCUGGAACCAAGGGCUUCCUAAUGCCCGUUUUCUUUGACAAGGAAUCGGGACAGCCUAAUCAGCCAGCGUCAAUCCCAGAAACUACCGAGCCUAACACUGAGUGCAAGAAACGCAAGGCCAGCGAGCUCGAAGUUGACGAAGCAGAUCCCCCCGAUAAGCGGCGUCGAAGCUCCGCCGAUUCUGACUGCAAGCUUAACCGUCUCCCACCAGCACCGGCGGGCCGGUUCAGCUUGUUCUUCGAGGCAGACUUCCGCGAACAGCUAUGCCAAUGUAGCGAAUGCAGCGUAUACUUGGAGGAAUUCCCCCAACUCAAAGAGGAGGAGGAUAUCUACGAACCACCAUUGUCAGAGGAUGGUGGUUCCGAGAACGGCGCUUCGACACACGGAAGUGGUAGCUUGUACGAACGAGGCGAGAGCGUGCUUAAGAAUAUUGACCGUGUGAGAGCCAUCGAAGGUGUCAUGGCCUACAACAUGAUGAAGGAGAAAUUGAAGCCCCUCUUCGAAGCCUUUGCUGGUAGUGGCAAAGCCAUUGGUGCCGACGAUAUCAAGGACUACUUCGCCAAGCUUCGAGGUGACGACGAAGCUAUCAAGAACGCUGGCCGCGCAGCUGUCGCAUCUAGCUCAGGUGAAGAUCAAGACGGCUCCGGUGGGAGGAGGGAGCAGAGUGGAUACUGA